GGCGCCGCUGCCGCUGGUGAUCUGGCAUGGGAUGGGAGACAGCUGUUGUAAUCCCUUAAGCAUGGGUGCUAUUAAAAAAAUGGUUGAGAAGAAAAUACCUGGAAUUUACGUCUUGUCUUUAGAGAUUGGAAAGACCAUGAUAGAGGAUGUGGAGAACAGCUUCUUCUUGAAUGUCAAUUCCCAAGUAACAACAGUAUGCCAGAUUCUUGCUGAAGAUCCUAAAUUGCAACAAGGUUACAAUGCUAUGGGAUUCUCCCAGGGAGGCCAAUUUCUGAGGGCAGUGGCUCAGAGAUGCCCAUCACCUCCCAUGAUCAAUCUCAUCUCAAUUGGGGGACAACAUCAAGGUGUUUUUGGACUCCCUCGAUGCCCAGGAGAGAGCUCUCACAUCUGUGACUUUAUCAGAAAAACACUGAAUGCUGGGGCUUACUCCAAAGUUGUUCAAGAACGCCUGGUACAAGCAGAAUAUUGGCAUGAUCCCAUAAAGGAGGAUGUGUACCGCAAUCACAGCAUCUUCUUGGCAGAUAUAAAUCAGGAGCGGAGUGUCAACGAGUCGUACAAAAAAAACCUCAUGGCCCUGAAGACAUUUGUGAUGGUGAAAUUCCUUAAUGAUUCCAUUGUGGACCCUGUAGACUCUGAGUGGUUUGGAUUUUAUAGAAGUGGCCAAGCCAAGGAAACCAUUCCCUUACAAGAGACAACUCUAUACAUACAGGACCGCCUGGGGCUAAAGGAAAUGGACAAAGCUGGACAGCUGGUGUUUCUGGCUACAGAAGGGGACCAUCUUCAACUGUCUCAAGAAUGGUUUUAUGCCCACAUCAUACCCUUCCUUAAAUGAAGCCCCUGCAGUUCACAAUACAGCUCAGGGAGUCCCUAGCUCUCCCAAACUACAUGGAACAGUUCUUCAUGCCCAACCCUGAGCUCAGAUCCAGCUUGCAACUAAUCCUUCUCUCGUUAUCAUCUAACAUCCCUUACUUGGAAUGAUCUAAGAUCAGAAUCUUAUCCUUUGCUGCCUCCUAUCACCAUAUGGUGUUGAAUUCAAGUUUAAUCAGCUAAUAACCAUGGAGAUUGUUUUACAACCUUAUAAUGUGGUCAAGCUCAAGUCUUAGGAAAGGGAGUCUGCUGCAGAUCAAUGCCAAAAUUGUGCCAGACACAGGUGACUGAACAAACUAAAGCAGUAGAGAUUCUGAAGGCAACAUCUAGCCACAUUCAAGCAAGUAGAAGGCUGUUACCCAGGCCUGAGGUGCUCAUGAAGAUUUAACUAGUGCUUGGGAAAAUAUUGCUUGAUAAGGCUGCUUUCCUCUUUUGAAUAUGUUGCCUUCUGUGGUAUUUAGCAAUUACUAGACAGGUUCCACUGGCCUUCCAUCUUGCCUCUAUAAAACCACUGUCUCCUAAGGUAAUAAUGAAUUAAUUGCUUUGUCAUUAAAAAGAGGGAAAUGGCACCCAAUUGGGUUGCUUAAAAGAGGAAAUGUAUACCUUGCAUAACUUAAAAGACAGUGGCAGGGUAGGGUAUGACCAGGAAGAAAACAGGAUUGGAAAUAAAAACAAGGCAGCUGGUUCUUUCCAUUCCAUCUUUCUUAAAUGGCUUGGAUGUAACUACUCUAUACUGGCUUUAGCAGAGCAUGGGAGGAACAAUGUAGAGAUCAGGUUUUCUAACUUCCACCCCACAAGUCAUAUUUACCAGCGUAUCCCAAACUGAGCUGUUCUUUGAGAGAAGGACAAAACUUGAAGAAUACUGUAUAUUCCUUCUCUGAGAUGAACCCACAUCAGACUAAGGACUGAGAAUUCCUAAUGAAUAGUAAAGGAAAAUAACCAUUAAUCUACCAUUUUCUACCUUAUUUGAGCAUGGAAGUCUUAGCCCCCACUCUAUGAAGACCUAUCAACAUUUUCUGGACAACUUCUGUAGAAUGCCAAGCUGCAGAAAUGAUUAAGAUGUUUUCAUGAAAGAACCUUGUUUGUGCUGCGGUUUACCUUUUAUAAGUUUUCUUUUUCCUUUCUUAAGCCUUAUUCUUCAACUGAAAGAUAAGGAUUAAGGACAAGAAGUGGGAUGUGAAAAUUUUAUGAGGUUGUCUAAAAUAAAGAGUAAUUUCUUA